ACCCUUUUCAGACAAGUUUUCAAGCAACAUUUGGUAGGACUAUAACCGGGCUCAAAUUAUUCUCUAAAUCUUAUCUUUUUGCUGAAAAAUUUUAACAAUUUGCUAAAAUUAUGAUUUCGGAUGAACAAGUGUUGGCAAGACGUGUUGAAUUGCCAUCUGCGAGUGUUGGCAAGACGUGUUCAAGCGAUACAGUUGGAAAAAUUAUUCUAUUUCUAAACUGGUUUGAAUUGACACUCCUGCCUCUAUAUACUGUACAUUUCGAUUGAACAGAGUGUCAAAAGGUUAAGUGUACAUUGUGACCACAAAGUGAAUAUAAGAAAGAGGCAGCAGCUGCAUUUGAACUUGUUUGCCUCUGAUUUGAGGGAAGGCAUUCCUACCAAGCGACAUAGGAAUUGGACAAGCAUUUUAGCAAAGGUGAAUUAUGAAGGCUUCUGGAGUAUUAGUUGGAUUGCUUCUUGUAUCAAGCCUUCAAGGCUUAGUUCAGAGUAAAGGAACGGUGAAGAACCUAAAGGAAUUAUUCAUAGGUCGCUGUCAUGAGUUCUAUCAAAUUUCACAGCCUCAAAUACUUCCAAAAAGUUGUUCGCUUUUGUGGAGCAAGUUUCACAAGGCAUUUCGUAAUAAAAGUGCAUGCCUAGCAAAGCCAAGUGACUACAAAGAGUAUUGUGAAUACGCUGAUGAUUCAAGAAAAAUAAAUCAGAGCCUUUUCUGGGAAGCAACGAAAGAUACAGUGGAGCUUAUAACUCAAGUUUAUCCAAAUUUUGUGGCUCUUGGAAACACAAUUCAAGGGUAUAUUCCGAAUAGACUUCUUUGGUGCGGUGGCUCAGGACCAGAUGGGAUAAACUACACACAUUGUCCUGGUCUUAACGAAUGUGGCUUUGAAGUUUACUAUCCAUACUGGGCAUAUGCUUCACAACAAUUUGCAAAGAAAGUUACUGGUGUUGUUUACGUUUUGUUGAAUGGCUCUAGAGAAGAUGGAGUGCCGACAUACAGCAGAGACAGCUACUUUGCAAAACUGGAACUCCCAAAUAUGGACAAUAAAGCUGUGACUGAGCUGCGUGUAUGGGUUAUAUACGAUCUACAUAAAAAGCAAAAGGAGAAGUGUGGUGAAAAGUCACUGGUUCACUUAGCAGAAGACACUAAGAAGUUUGGAUUGAAAUAUACUUGUACAGACAACCCUCUGUUCUUGCGGCCGCUGAUGUGCUUCAAGUACCAAACUGCAAAAGCUUGUAAUGUCUUCAAUUCGUUGACUUCCGCAGGAGUUAAUAUCUCCAUUGCAUGGCUUUGCAGUUUCCUGUUGUUCUGCAAUGGAGUUCGUCAACUUGUUGCUGGAAUUUGGUGAAAAAAAUCGCUGAAAUUAUGCAAAAACUAGAUUCUUUCAUUAUCAUGAAGGUCAACAAACCAAAAUCGAACACUACUUAUUGACUGCUAACAUUUUACCAUUUUCUAACCAUUUCUUUAAAUUGUAUCUUUAUUAAUAUAACAAACAAUUAAUGGAAAAACUUGUCUUGGAAAAGGGAUGAGGAACGUAGUUGCAUUUCAAGCGAAGUUUUGUGAUCAGCGCUGAGUUGAAAAGUUUGAAGCAUCGGUAGUAGAGACUAUUUAUCAAAAGUGUUGCUCAUGCACAUUUCGAGGGAACUUACGUUACAACGAACUUCAAAGCAAGAUUUUUAAAAUCAUUGGCACCAUUGCUAAAACUAUUUACAUGGUAUUCUAAUUGAUGAUAGUUGUUUUGAGCGACUUUCUCUUUACUCCAACGUGUUUUCAUCAGAUUUCUAAUAAGAAAUUCUAUAAAAAAUGGGUUGAUGCCUACGAGAAGUGCUGUGGGAUCUUACAAAACGAUUCUUUGGAAUCAUCAAUAAAACAAACUGCUUCUUUUCGAAAACUUUCAAUUAAGCCAAAACGUUAGUUGACUUUGAUCUAUAUUGUAAACUAAACUUCGGAAAUACAGCCUCUGCGAAGGUUUAUUCUGCGCUCUUCCCAGGCUUUCUAUAUAGCACGUGCGAUGAGGUGCGAUUUUGUGGUUUUGUUAGUUGGUUAGUUAGGUUUUAGAGUUAAGCAUGAGUGAUGAUUUAAAAUGUUUGCGAUAAUUAUCUAGUAGUUUCUUUUUGGUCAAAUAUUCUCAACCCACACGGUUUAUAAUUUACAACAAUCUGUCAGACAGUUAAUCUUUCAACAUUAUUUCGGGAGUAAAAAGAUGCUUUAUUUAUCACGUGAUAUAAAUUCAAACAAAGCGAGUAAAUUCAUAUUCACCUGGAUUAAACUGUAAAACACUCGUAAUAUGCAACUUCACUAACCUAGGCAUUUAGCACUCUUUGAAGUUUUGAGAAACAAAUACAGCAUAUUCCCAAGCCUAAACGAUUUUUAACCAUAAAAAGUGAAUGCUUUUAAAAACUUUCGCAAUUUUGUUGAUAUCUUCACUAAAUUUAACUUACAAAAUAGCCAACAGGCUGACAAAAUUCCAUUAGGCAAAAUCUUCUCUUUUUACCCCUAAAUUAAAGGUGCCACUUUAAGUUCUCUUUGCACUGACUGUAUAAAGCCUUAGGACCUUAGGAUGGGUAUUUUACCUGGUGAUCGCAUUAA